AUGGCUAACGUCUUUCGGAGCACUGGUUCAGUUCUUGGGGUCAUGGACGACAUGGCAAGGACAUCCCUUAAUAGAAUACCCCAAAACUAUGUUCGACCCGAACGAGAACCUCUAGCUCAAAUCGAUCAUUCCACUCCUUUGCCAACCAUUCCCGUACUUGACUUGAAAUGCUUCUUGGAUUCUGCAAAUGAUAGAGACACCCAACUUCACGACUUGUUCUCAACAUGCAAGGACUGGGGUUUCUUUCAGGUGACAAACCAUGGAGGGAGCACUGAGCUUCUCGGGAAACUGAAAAUCGAGAUCGAGAAAUUCUUCCACCUCCCCAGUGAGGAGAAGAAGAAGUACCAAAUCAGACCAGGAGAUGUUCAAGGCUACGGAACUGUGAUCAGAUGUAAAGAUCAAAAGCUGGACUGGGGAGACAGAUUCUACGCUGUGAUCAACCCUCUUCGUAGAAGAAAACCAUAUCUGGUCCCAGAGCUCCCUCCAUCACUCAGGGAUACUCUAGAGACAUACUUCACGGAGGUGAGGAAACUAGCGAUGGAACUUCUGGGACUACUUGCGGAAGCCAUAAAGAUAGAGAUGAGGGAGGUGGAGGAACUGUUCGACGAUGGGAUGCAGUCGGUAAGGAUGACAUAUUAUCCGCCAUGUCCAGAGCCAGAGCUGGUAGUAGGGCUCACACCACACUCAGACGCGACAGGAAUAACGAUUCUUCAUCAGGUGAAUGGAGUGGAAGGUCUGGAGAUAAAGAAAGAUGGGGUUUGGAUCCCAGUAAGCUUCCUCCCAGAUGCCUUUGUAGUUAACGUUGGAGACAUCAUGGAGAUUCUCAGCAAUGGGGCCUACAGCAGUAUAGAGCACAGAGCAGCAGUGAACAGAGAAAAAGAGAGAAUCUCGAUUGCCAUGUUUUUCAACCCCAAGUUUGAGGCAGAGAUUGGGCCUUUCAAAAGCUUGAUAACUCCUGAGAAUCCUCCUUUGUUCAAGAGGAUUCUCAUGGAAGAUUACUUCAAAGACUUUUUCUCUCAAAAUCUCAAUGGCAAGUCCCACUUGGAGAGGAUGAAAAUCAAAAGUGGAGAGCAAUCAAACACUUGAUGCCCCCAUAUUUAGGAUGAAAGAGAUUUAGCUUUAAUAAGUCGACAGUCUGAUAAUCCAUAUAUGCCACGUUACUGUAAAGGAGUAAUCAUUUUAUGUUUGAUGAGCGUAUUCAGAGGGCCUUAAUUUCCUGGUAAGUAUGAUGACCUCUGCUAGUUGAUGUUACGCUGGCGAAUGU